AGUUAGGGGUUGAGUGACUAUUUGAAAGUAAAACGGGCUUGGAUAUUAUUGCCUGGCGAUUCUAUCCACAUACCAUCACCAUCAUCAUCAUCACAAUCGUCAUCAACAUCGGCCUUGGCAGGUCACAUUUCGCAGCAGAGAGAGAAACGCAGGCAACCCCCGCAGACACAGACACACAUAGAUUGUGGGCUUUGUGGGGGGUGGGGGUUGUCUCUGAAGCAGAGAUGGCGUUGGGAAAUGCAUUUUGGGUGGGUCAAGCUAACCCACUUCCUCAAUUCAGACCACAAUUUUGUUGCUCUGAUUUUUCAACCAACAAAUUUAUCAAUAAUAAUAAUUUGAGUUUCGUUCUGGGUUGGGGUUGUACUCUUCAAACCAAGCCUCCCAUUUCUUCCUCUUCUUCUUCUUCUUCUUCUCCUUCUUCGUCUUCCUCCUCUCCUUCUCUUCCUUCUUCAAUCAGGAACCGUAGAAAGUCAAACCUUUAUUGCCGUUGUAGUAGUAACAACAGGAAUGACUCUAAUGGGUCUUCGUUGGAAUGGGAUUGGACUCGUUGGACCCGCCAUUUCUCUGAGAUUGAACAAGCCGAGAGCUUUGCUUCUGUUCUCAAGUUUCAACUUGAAGAUGCAAUUGAGAAGGAAGACUUCCAAGAAGCUGCAAAGUUGAAAAUGGCCAUUGAAGAAGCUACAUCCAAGGAUGCUGUUGCUGAAAUCAUGUCUGAGUUGAAGAGUGCAAUAGAUGAAGAGCGUUAUCAUGAUGCUUCAAAGUUAUGCAGACACACUGGAAGUGGACUGGUAGGUUGGUGGGUUGGCUAUUCCAGAGAUUCAGAUGAUCCUUUUGGUAGAUUAAUACAUAUAACUCCUGGUGUUGGUAGAUUUGUUGGCAGAUGUUACAGUCCAAAGCAGUUGGUAACUGCAUCUUCAGGGACUCCCCUUUUUGAAAUUUUUGUGGUAAAAAGUGUCGAUGACACAUAUGUUAUGCAGGUUGUAUACUUGCAACGAGCCAAAGGAAACUCUACAAAUUCCCCAAAUUCACCAUUCAAACCUGCAAAAAGCCAAUCAACUCCUGAAGUUGAGAAUGCAUCUGUAGCAGAUGCUCAGGUGAAUGAAGGCAAAGCAGAGAAAAGUGAGGAGAAAGGCAUUAAUAUAGAGGAAGCAACUGAGGAAGGUAUAAAAAGUGUGAUUAAUUUUCUAAAAGAUAAAAUUCCGGGAUUGAAAGUUAAAGUCAUGAAUGUCAAUGUUACUGAGGAAGUGACCGAGGAUGGUGAUUCUGUGAAGCAGUUGAUGCAAGAAAAUGAUGAGAAAGAAAGUUCUGGUGAGAGUUCUGAAGAUGAAAGUAAGCUGGAUGAGAUUCAGCCAAAUGAGGUCACUCUUGGAGGAGGUAGCAAUACAACAACAGAAGAUGAAAAGGAUUUAGAUAUGAAACUUUUUAUUGGUGGAGUUGUACAUAACAAUGAGGAUACUCCCACCAAGGAUGAGUAUGUGCGUCACCCAGCUGAAAUAAAUGAUAUGGAGAGGGAUUCCUUUGUUCUGCAUAUUCCUUGCAGAAACAUAGAUUAUGAUACCAUGGAUAGUAAAGUGUCAAAAGUCAAAGUGGCAACUGUAGCAGCUGAAGGGGUCGAGCUUAUGCCUACUGAUGUAGCCAAGGCAUUUUUGACUUCUGACAAAGUUUCUUCAAAGGUUUCAAGAAGUGUGCGUGAAAUAGUCAAACUUGCUGUUAGUCAAGCACAGAAAAAGAAUAGAUUGUCUGAGUUCACAAAUUUUAAUCGGAUCACCACAUCCAAUGGAGAUCUAGAUCCAUUUGAGGGUCUAUACGUUGGUGCAUUUGGCCCUUAUGGAACUGAGGUAGUGCAGCUGAGGCGUAAAUUUGGCCACUGGAAUGGUUCUGAUAACGAAGAUGAUGCUUCAGAUAUUGAGUUCUUUGAAUAUGUUGAGGCAGUGAAGCUAACUGGGGAUCUAAAUGUUCCUGCAGGCCAGGUGACGUUUCGUGCCAAAAUUGGGAGAGGGAAUCGACUUUCCAACCGUGGGAUGUAUCCGGAGGAAUUAGGAGUGGUUGCAAGUUAUAAAGGUCAAGGAAGAAUAGCUGAAUUUGGGUUCCGAAAUCCACAAUGGGUUGAUGGAGAACUUCUCCAGCUUAAUGGCAAGGGUAUUGGACCAUAUGUCAAAGGUGCAGACCUCGGUUUCCUUUAUGUCAUCCCUGAGCAAAGUUUUCUGGUUCUGUUCAACCGUUUGAAACUACCACACUGAGCAUGGUAUAUACUGUUGGAAACCCAUAGGGGAUAUCAGGGAGAAGAUGUGUCAUGCAGCAAUUGGUGCAAACUCCACUAGAAGAAAAGGUUUGAUGAAUGGAAAUUGAAUUGCUUUUGGCAGGGGGAUGGUGUUGGCACAAAUAGGAGGAAUCUGUGAAGCGAAAGAAGAUUGAAAAAGUUGGGUGGAAUUUGUGCCUUUAGCUGAUAAAAGGAUAGCCCACUCUUAAAGAAACCCCAAAAGAACUUUACUUUAGCCUAUAAAAUAAAAAGUUGCAUUGAAAGCUUUUCUUGGGUCUUAUUAGUCUUCACAAUCAAAUUAUGUUAGCAGCCAUAUAAUUUUUUUUCUUUCCUUAAUUGCUUAUAGGGGGUAAUUAGGGGAUCUUACUACUGUUAAUGAUCAUUAUUGUAAUUAGGGGAUCUUGUUACAGUUAACGAUCAUUAUUCCUUACUUUCAAAGGAGCAAGUCCAUCCAAAACAUUUCAAAUGACAA